AUGAAGUCAGUUUUUCUCCCAGGUCCGCCAUUUCAUUAUUUUCAAGUUUGUUGUCUUAACUUCUGAGAUUCGUAAUAAAGUUGGCAUAAAUAUUUGGACGCGACGAGACUAAAUACUGUUUUAAUAAGUGCACAACAAGCGGCCCGAUUGACAGAAUAGCAGUUUUUUCUUAAAAUAAGCGGACGAAACGUGGUAAGAAUGUCGUGCAUGUUCUGAACGUGUUCUUAGCAGCGAAAGUUUUUGUAUGAGUUGAGUCCUAGUUGCGGAGGAGAGGCAAAGGCCUGGGAAAGCCUUGGUGUUGGAUCGGCAGCCAUGGCCGGGAAUUUUGACGCCGAGGAUCGUGCGAGCUGGUAUUGGGGGAGGCUGAGUCGACAAGAGGCGGUUUCUCUUCUGCAAGGACAGAGGCACGGUGUGUUCUUGGUCAGGGACUCCAUCACCAGCCCAGGCGACUGUGUGUUGUCAGUUUCGGAGAAUUCAAAAGUCUCCCAUUAUAUAAUCAACAGCAUCAGCAGCAGCCGGCAAUCAGGAUUGGCUCCGCCACGCUUCCGCAUCGGAGACCAGGAAUUCGAUGGCCUCCCCGGCCUGCUGGAGUUCUACAAGAUCCACUACCUGGACACUACCACCCUGAUCGAGCCCAUCAACAAGGCCAAGCACGCGGGCUUUGUCAGCACCAGCGCGGGCACAGGGAACUCUCAGAGGCCAGAGGAGGCAGAGUAUGUGCGUGCCCUCUUCGAUUUCCCCGGGAAUGACGAGGAGGACCUGCCCUUCCGCAAGGGCGACGUGCUGCGGGUGCUGGAGAAGCCAGAGGAGCAGUGGUGGAACGCGCAGAAUUCAGAGGGGCGUGCCGGGAUGAUCCCUGUGCCGUACGUGGAGAAGUACCAGCCGGCGUCUCCAAACUCCACGGCCUCUGCUGUGCCGGGGGGCGCGGGCGGCACGGCGGACGGCACGGGCGCCCAGCCCCUCCCGCCGCUGGGAGAGCCGGGGCCCUACGCCCAGCCCAGCGUCAACACGCCGCUGCCCAACCUGCAGAACGGACCCGUUUUCGCCAGGGCCAUCCAGAAGAGGGUUCCUAACGCCUACGACAAGACAGCCCUUGCUCUGGAGGUGGGCGACAUGGUGAAGGUGACUAAGAUCAAUGUGAACGGCCAGUGGGAGGGCGAGUGCAAGGGCAGGCGUGGCCACUUCCCCUUCACACACGUGCGACUGCUGGACCAACACAACCCUGAGGAUGAGCUGAGCUGAGAGUGGAGCUGGGUCCUCGAACUUCCGCUGUGUCACUCACACAC